GCGGUAUGUCGUGUGUCCGCGACGUGCUACGGUGUGGCGUUCGGUGCCAUGUACGUCCCUAACCAGACCAUCGCCCUCGGCACCCCAAACGUCUGCCACGUCACUACAAAACCUCAGCUACCCGCCUACCUUGCUGAUCAAGCGGGCUACAUCUCGUUUAUACGCGAUACUGGUUGCGACGAGCUUCAGGGUUACCAGAACCUAGGUGCGGCCGUCUGCAUCUGGCUGUCCACCUACACUAGGAACUGGAUUGGAGCGCAAUACGAGUGCCAAGCGAAGGGUGGCCGCUUGGCCGUUCUUGAUACGCCUGCCAAGUACAAAGCCGUUGUCGAGCGACUCAAGGCAACCCAACCGAAACCGCCUAGUCUCUUCGUGAACGCACUGGUGUCGCAAUCAGGCUGGCAAUGGGAAGGUGGAGCUAGUGUGAACAACACUUUCUGGGCGCCCGGAGAACCAAGUAUUAAUAAUUAUUAUAGUCGUGGAAUGUUGAACAGCGACAAAGGCUACCUGCUAGCAGACGUGAAUUGGUGGGAUGGGCAUUAUUUCGCUUGCCAGGGUCCUCCGAAAUUUUGAACUGCGUGACUUCAAGUGAAUGCGAAACAUGAUACGAAAAGCUUUCACAGUUGGCGCUGCAAUGACCCAAUAUACCGGUUGCUGUAGUGAAUUGCAUAAUUAUUUAUGCUCGGAGUUCAAAUUUAGAGUAGCACGAAAAAAUUAUUAUCAAUGUCACGAAUAAGCAUAUGAGGCGAGGUCUAUCUGAAACUCAUAUAAAAUAUAGCAGCUGGAUGUAAACCAUGUGAUCGCGUGUAUCUACGUAUAUGUAUAUAAAUGAAUUAUAUGCACCAGAUUAACGUGCAGUCAUCUCGCCUAAACUUUAUGACCUUAUUACUUGUUUAGGACUUCUUAGUCCACGGUCACGUUUCUAAGUCGUCAGUAGGCAGGUCGCCCCGCCCUCUGGUUCCGGAGGUAACGUUGAACGUGUUCCGUCUACCUGCCCUCGUUUGGGCCAGCUGAUGCAAAAUGUCGUUUGUCACUUGAUUAGGGUAGUUUCCCAUAACCGGACGAUCCAGGAUCUUUUUCAAAAACUCGUUCAGUCGUCUCUUGAAUGUCGCAUGGUGAACUUCCCUCCUUUCAGCACUUUAGGCAAGGCAUUAAACAGCCUCGGUCCUGCCACGGACAAUGAUGCCUCACAAAGAAUCUACACUCUGGCCGUAGCACGAUCAUUAAAUGGAGGAAUCCUGCACGGUCACCUCCUACUUUCGUUGUAAUAGGUCACUAUUUUGGACGUCUCACUUUCAGAGUUAGUAGUCAGUCCUGUUAUUAUCUUCAAUGUGUGCAGUAUGAUAUACCUACCUCUCUUCUCUCCAGUGAGUACAAUCCCAAUUGUUUCAACCUACCCCAGUAGUUCAGCUCCAGCUCCCUCAUACCGCUGAUUUUGGACGUGAAGGUCUGCUGGACCGACUCCACUUUCAUCACCGCCCCCGCUUUGAGCGGCGCCUAAGCCUUAUAACCAAAGCUGGCAGCAGUACCCAAGAUUCGGGAGCACGAGGGCUUUGAAGAGAGUUUACUAUUAAUUACCUUUAUUAAACUAAACUAUUAAACGAAACGAAACUAGUAAACUAAACGAAACUAUUAAACUAAACGAAACUAUCAAUUUCUCUCGUUAAUUUCGUGACGAAAAUUUGUUGUGUGGAAAUGAAUUUUCACAAGAUUUUCGCUCAUUGUAAUCCAAUUAGUGGUUUGGUUUUGGGAGACAAGAAUCUCAUUCCACUACAGCAAUGCAUUUUUCAAAUGUUUAAAUGCGAGUUUCGAAAACUACAAAAUUA